AAGAAGGACAAAGAGGGAGGGGAGAGAAAGGGAGUUACCACCGUCUUGGCAUCGCUCUUCCUUUCAAACCUCUGUGUAAUGAUAUUGUUUGCAGUGAUGCUCAGACAGAGAGCACCUGCUGCUCUGUAAUGAUUCAGCCUCUUUCAGCCGCCGCUGUAACACGACAGGAUGCUGCUGCUACUGUCACUUCUGCCGCUGCCGCUGUUGUUACAGAUUUUGCUUUUGCUCCUUCUACCGCAUGACAAUUGUUUUCCUCGUCUAAGCAGAUACCAGCCUCAGAUGCUCAAGGUGAGAAUCUUGCCUUUCGCUCUGGGCUAUUGGUUCACUUAAUCCGGUCAAUUUGUUCGGUGUUCGUGGUUUUCUUUCUCUCAUCACCCUCCUUCCCCCUGUUUUGUUUUGUUGUGCUUGCUUUUGGGGGGAUGUUUCUUCCCUCCUGCAGCAGAGCUGGAAUUGCUUGAGAGGCGUUUAAGGAAUUAUAAAAGUGGCCAGCAAACAGGAGCUCAGUAAUUGCAAAACUGCUCUUGCUUCAGAGAGGCAGAGAGAGCAACAGAGGGCUCGGGAGCAGGGGUGGGGGGACGAAGAGGGGGGGGUCUCAUUUUUCCUGUGCGCUACUCCUUUCCCAGUUUGGAUGAUGUUGCUGAGCUCGCACCUUUUGUUGACUCCCACUCUGUGAUUUUUGCAGAGCACUGUGACUAUUACUACCAUCUCUUUUUGUCUGUGUCUCACAGUAAUGGACUGUGAUAGAGUUAAGGCCUUUUGGAGGUGAGCUGUUUGAGAGCUGAUGCUUAAACAUGUCUGAAGUAGCUGCCGACACUUUUCCCAGCCCCUCGGCUCAGCUGAGCCCUGAUGCGUCCCUCAACGGGCUCCCGGCUGAGGAGAACAUGCCGGGGACCCAAAGAGAGGACAGGAGGGUCCAGGGGAUAGCAGGCCUUGCCGCGACCUGCUGUGUCUGCCUGGAGGCAGAGCGACUGAAGGGCUGCCUCAACUCUGAAAAGAUCUGCAUCGCUCCUAUCCUGGCUUGCCUGCUCAGCCUUUGCCUCUGCAUUGCUGGCCUCAAGUGGGUCUUUGUGGACAAGAUUUUUGAGUAUGACUCUCCUACCCACCUUGACCCUGGGAGGAUAGGACAAGACCCAAAGAGCGCUGUGGAUCCUACAGCUCUGUCUGCCUGGGUGCCUUCGGAGGUGUAUGCCUCACCCUUCCCUGUACCUAGUCCCAAGAGCAAGGCUGAAGUGACAGUGCAAAGUGACAGCUCGCUUGUGCCCUCCAAACCGUUCUUCCAGCCUUCUCUGUAUAACCGCAUCCUAGAUGUUGGGUUUUUGUCCUCUGCCGCACCUUCGCUCUCACCACCUGCCCUGGAGCCUACCACAGCGUCUCAGGCGCAAGCAACAGAAACCAAUCUCCAAACUGCUCCAAAACUUUCCACUUCCACCUCUACAACUGGAACAAGUCAUCUCACGAAAUGUGACAUAAAGCAGAAAGCCUUCUGUGUAAAUGGGGGAGAGUGUUACAUGGUUAAAGACCUUCCAAACCCCCCAAGAUACCUGUGCAGGUGCCCAAAUGAAUUUACUGGUGAUCGCUGCCAAAACUACGUAAUGGCCAGCUUCUACAAAGCUGAGGAACUGUACCAGAAACGGGUGCUGACCAUAACUGGCAUUUGCAUUGCUCUUCUAGUAGUUGGCAUCAUGUGUGUUGUGGCCUACUGCAAAACCAAGAAGCAGAGAAAAAAGUUGCAUGACCGCCUUCGGCAGAGCUUGCGCUCGGAAAGGAACAAUGUGAUGAACAUGGCCAACGGGCCACACCACCCCAACCCGCCGCCUGAUAACGUCCAGCUGGUGAACCAGUACGUUUCAAAAAACGUAAUCUCCAGUGAGCAUGUCAUCGAGCGAGAAACAGAGACCUCAUUUUCUACGAGCCACUACACCUCAACAACACAUCACUCCGUGACAGUCACCCAGACACCCAGCCACAGCUGGAGUAAUGGCCACACCGAAAGCAUCCUUUCCGAAAGCCACUCAGUGCUCGUCAGCUCCUCCAUGGAGAACAGCAGGCACACCAGCCCAGCAGGACCCCGGGGACGCCUCAAUGGCAUUGGUGGACCACGGGAAGGCAACAGCUUCCUCCGGCACGCAAGAGAAACCCCUGACUCUUACCGAGACUCUCCUCACAGUGAAAGGUAUGUCUCAGCUAUGACCACACCAGCUCGCAUGUCACCUGUCGAUUUCCACACUCCAACUUCUCCCAAGUCCCCCCCCUCCAAAAUGUCACCACCAGCUUCCAGCUUGACCAUCUCCGUCCCUUCGGUGGCGGUGAGUCCCUUCAUAGAAGAGGAGCGACCGCUGCUCCUGGUGACCCCACCACGGCUACGUGAAAAGUACGACCGCCACCUUCAGCAGUUCAACUCCUUCCACCACAACGCCGCCCACGAAAGUAACAGCCUGCCACCAAGUCCUCUGCGGAUAGUGGAGGACGAGGAGUAUGAGACCACACAGGAGUACGAACCAGCACAGGAACCUCCAAAGAAACUCACCAACAGCCGGAGGGUCAAAAGAACAAAGCCCAACGGCCACAUUUCCAGCAGGGCAGAAGUGGACUCUGACACGAGCUCUGAGAGUAGCAGCUCUGAGACAGAAACCGAAGAUGAAAGAAUAGGCGAGGAUACACCGUUCCUGAGCAUACCAAACCCCAUGGCGACCAGUCUGGAACCAGCCGCUGCCUACCGGCUGGCUGAAAACAGGACUAACUCGGCAAAUCGCUUCUCCACACCAGAAGAGUUGCAAGCAAGGUUGUCCAGUGUGAUAGCUAACCAAGACCCUAUUGCUGUAUAAAACAUAAAACACAUAGAUUCACAUGUAAAACUUUAUUUUAUAUAAUGAAGUAUUCCACCUUUAAAUUAAACAAUUUAUUUUAUUUUAGCAAUUCCGCUGAUAGAAAACAGGAGAGGAAAAAAAACUUUUAUAAAUUAAAUAUACGUAUGUACAAAUGUGUUAUGUGCCAUAUGUAGCAAUUUUUUACAGUAUUUCAAAAAUGGGGAAAGAUAUCAAUGGUGCCUUUAUGUUAUGUUAUGUUGAGAGCAAGUUUUGUACAGUUACAAUGAUUGCUGUCCCAUAGUAUUUUGCAAAACCUUCUAGCCCUCAGUUGUCCUGGCUUUUUUGUGCACUGCAUUAUAAUGACUGGAUGUAUGAUUUGCAAGAAUUGCAGAAGUCCCUCUGGUCGCUUGCUGUAGACUCCCCAGAUCAAAAAGACCUGUAAUGGCACUCCCACCCUACUCACCCCACUAGAAACACACACACACACACACACACAGGAAAAAAAAAAAAAAAAAAAAAGAGGAAAAAAAAGCUGAAAAAACAACAAAAAAAUAUUUUCUUCUGUAAGGAGUUUUAUUUGCUUUCCGUAUAUGAAAUGAGUUUUGUCUGCUCUCUGCCAGCCAAAAGGUUUGCUUCUUUGAGCACUGGGAUAAUAGUAGAUCCAACAGCAUGCUACUAUUAAUUACAGCAGGAUAACAAAAAAAAAAAAAAAAGAAACAAAAAAAAGCAAACCUGCAUUAAAUAAUGUUACUUAUAGAAAGAAAGUAAUACUGUGAUUUUAAACCAAAUAUAUUAUUAUUCAGAGGUCAGCUUGUAAUCACUAGGAGCUGCCAUUUCAUUAUUUUCCAGAUAUUAAUUGUUCUAGUUAUCCCUUAGAAAAUGGGUUUAGGUUAGCUGAGGCUUUGAACCCAAUACUCAAUUAAAAAUUAAAAAAAAAAAAAAAAAGGAAAAAAAAGAAAAAAAGAAAAAAUUAAAAAAAAAAUUAUGUUAGUUUAAGUUAAUGGGGCAAAUAUAACGGAUAUCUGUAACCAAGCAAGGAAGAGAUCUAGCUGGAAAACAAAUGCCACUAAUAAAAGUGCAAUCAGUUUUCACCUCUAUUUUUUAAUGUUGAUUUCUAAUAGAUGAUUUAUCCUUUUGUUUCCUCUCAGUUUUCUCCCCUUUCUUCUCCUUCUCAGAAAGAACCCUGACAAGCUUCUAGCAAUACCUUGUUAGACUUGCUGUUGGAGUAAGGAUUACUCUUGGACACAGAAAUGUCUUUCAGGGAAGAAUUGCUUUGCUGACUGGUUAAAAAGUAUAGGCGAGUAGGAAGGAUAUAGCAGAAGUAUGGAGUUCAUUUCUGCUUGCCUUUAUUGACUCCAUUAUUUGGGCUGAGAGAGGCAAGGCUGAUGCAAAGCCCAUUUAUAACAGCAAGCACACUGUGUGGGUUAGCCAUAGUGUGCAUGGCUAUUUGAUAUCAGUGUUUAUAUAGCCUUGAAGUGAUGGCCCUGAAGUCUUUGACUAGUAAUGAACAAGGAUGCUGUCAGUGCUGGAGUGGUUGCAUCCAUUCAGACAGAAGCAAAUGGCCUCUUUUGCACUGAAUUCCUAUCAGUUUAGUCAGGGUCACUCUGCCUCUUCUCUUUUGAUUUUUGUUGUGUGUUCAGUUGGCACAGCAUAGACUCAGGAUUGAUGUGGAAAACAAAUGUUUUUCCUAGACUCCGGGGAUUCUGAAAAUGAGAACAUAUGUUCUAUAGGUAUUACUGAACUCUAAAUAAGAGCCAUCUCAAGAGAAAAAGAAUUUCAGCCAAACUACACUCAUCCUUUGGGCCACAUCCUGGUCCCAGUUACAUGAAGAGAAAUAAGUCAAGGAAAUUUUGUGAGAUGUAAACCUGAAGAACUGAAGUUCCUCAGUAAAUUGUUCAAGCAUAUGCUUAUGCUAAUCCCAGCAAAAGUUAUCUUCAGCAUGUGCUAGACUCCCAUUGAUGCAUCCAGCGCAUGCAUAAAGUUAAGCAUACGCUUAAGAGUUUUGCUGAACAAGGUGUCCAAUUGAUUUGAGACAUGAAAGCAAAGUCUAGUAAAUAAAGCUGUUUAUCAGGAUGAUGAAAAUCAGUGACUUGCUCACUGUAUAAAUGAACUACAUCACAUUACUAAGAAUAUGGGUAAAUCUACCUGACCAACAGAUUCAGCAGGAAAAGGAGAAAAAACCUUAGUACAGGAAAAAGAUGAUGACCAAGUUGUACACUAGGAUGUUGGUGGUAGAAGCAAAAGGCUAGGAAACUAGCACAGCUUUGGGUUACACGGUGGCUGAAAUAGCACUGCUUAUUUGAGAAGUCUAUGGGAGAUGGCAAAGCUUGUCAAAUACAUUAUGUCUGGACUUAAGUCCCUUUUGCCAUUUUUUCCCUAGCUGGCAUGUACUUGAACACACUUUGCCUUUGCAGACCAAAAGAAAAGCUCUCUACAAAUUCUAAAUACCACACACUCAUUUUCAUCCCUUUAGUCAUGCCUAUUUAUCUGCAAUCUCAUGCAGCAGAACAUCCACCUCCCCAGUAACUCUGCAACUCAGUAGCACAGAGGGCCAGGUGGGCUUUCCUGAUGCAGACCACCAGUUUCUAAAGGUUUUGCACUGCUGAGUUUCCAGAGGCACUUGAAAACCUGUCCAUUCAGUAAGGUCUCUGAUACUGCAAAGAUCUUACAGGACAGACAAGACAGAAAAAGGAUGGAAGAGGAACAAGAGAUUUGCCCCCAAAUCACCCAUCUUAGUGGCAGAAUGAUUAUAACACGGGUCUUCUGUAAUCUCUCCUCCAGUAUAGAUCAUCCACAAGGCCAGCUCUCAUUGAAGUGUCUGUGGUAGCCCAGACAGAUCAAUCAGGAUGGAAAGGAAACUUGCUAUGAAGUGGAGUAAAUUAUUUGUCUACUAACACUGUUAUUUUAAAGGGCCAGUAUAAGACAAAGGAGCAAUUGCAUGCUUGGGAGCUGUACACGUAAGAGUUAUUUGGUGUAGGUCUAGGGAAAAGCAUCACACUUCUGUUGCAGUGCCUCAAAGUCAAAGUUGUGUGCGGUCCUUGCUCCUCCUCUGCCUGGUACAUAUAGUAGUGUGUUAUAGAAUAAGCAUGAAAUUAGGCUGGGGACUUCACAUGGACCUAAGAACAAGAAAAUACAAUUGGGGAUAAGGCUGCCUAAGCCCUUAGGUCUCUGGGGAGAACCCAGCCUUACAGCACAAUUCAUGCAACAGCCAGUUACAGGAGUUGCCCUGGCUUGGCACUCAGAGAAGCGGGAGCAGGAUGCAGUCCCUCACCUCUGGACUUGCUUUUAGCACACUGUGAGGGUGCUCCAUGUCAGUCAAGUCCACACCCCAAAGUCAGUGAGUCUACAUGGCCACAGGUUCUGCUGGCGGGCUGCAACCAGCUCCUGCUGGCCAAGGGGCUGGAGACUGCGGCAGCAUGGAGCAGAGCCAGCAAGUGCCUCCAGGAAAGGCCAGCUCCCCUCUUGGGGAUAUUCGCUUCAUUACCCAGACAUCUGAGCUAGGCAGUCCCAACACCCUUGAGCCAUCACUGUGUAACCCUUGCCAACUUCUGGCGGAAAGGCAUGGCAAGGAGGAAUGUACUUUGAAGGAUGGGGAAUUAUUCCAGUGGUGGCAGAUUUGUUCAGAUUGUCCUGGUUUCUUUCCAUGUCAUUUAACUUGAGCUGUGAGUUUUCCCUGUGUAUGUGUUUAUAUGCAGGAAUUAUUCCAGGAUAAAAAUCUUCCUUCAGGGGUGUAUAGCUGGGAUAUGUUGUGCACAACCUGGUACAGCCUGCCUGUUCAGCUGUAAAUCAUUACACCUCCACAGAGGUUCUCAUGUAACAGAGAGAAACCUACUCCCUCAUCUUGGCCCAGCUAUUCCCUUCCUCACUUGAGCCACCACAACACCCCUAGUUUUAAGAGAUCAAUCACUGCCUUUAUCAGGGAAACAGAAAAGCUCCUUCUCUUUCCAGUCCUCCAAAACAACAACUCUGCAUCUCCCUGCUUCUCUCAACACAUUGCAAGCAGUUUCCUGAGCAUCCAGGAUAGCAAACUUGCAUCCCCUCAAAGGGCACACUUCUCAGCCUGUUGAACACUUCUUGGCCCUGCAGUGUGGCUACUUACCAUCAGCUGGGACUUACUUCUAGUAAGAAACAAAAAAAAGCACCUAUGAAAUGCUGCAGAGAAGGGCAGACAAAGAACAUGGCCAAUUAUCAUCAUUUGUAAUUCUCUAUUCUAUUGUAAAUACAUCUUGUACAUACUUGGAUGUUUUCAUCAUUUACUGUCUUUAUGGAUUAUGUGUUAAAUGAAACUCUCUUAGUUUAUUGUGUAACACUGUAAAUAACAUAACAUCCUUUAUUAUUUAUGCAUAGGCAUCUAACACGCGGAGAAAGUUAUCCUCAUAUUAUUUUAAGAUAUAUGUCAAAAAUAUGUUGCAUUUUUCUUUUUGCUUUGAAAAAAAUUGUAAUAUAUCCUCUUUUUCCCCUCUUUUCCUUUAAAAGAAAAAUGAAUGCUAAUUUAUUGUUCAGGAGAGAAAGGGGAUGUAACUGAAAGGCAAACUGUUCAAAGAACAUGCUAUGGAAGCCACAAGCUACUGAUAAACUAAAGAAUUUAUUAUCCCAAAUACAGCAAUAAGUAAUUGUUGAUUUAUUAAGGUUUUGUUAUUCAUUUUCAGUAAAAGAGGUGCUGGAUUAAAUUGUUUAUGUGUUGUACUGGCCCAGCUGCUCAGCAGACUGUGUCAGGUCAGUAGCCACCAUCUUUCUGGAUCCAAAGAGUGUUGUAAAGGUCUUGUUCUGUCUUUGUGGGCCACUGUUCCCUGAGUUUCUGACUCAUCCCUAUGGAGGUGUCUGGCAGACUCUCUUGUUCCUAGUUACAACAUUUUUAGUUUCUUAAAUUAGAAUUAUUAGCUUUACCCUGACCAUUACUACUCAAGGUUGAUGAGGGAUGGUGGGGAGCAGAAAUGACACAGUCUUGGGGCUGUGAGAGCCUGCUCUACAGAAAUGUCACCUCACUGCUCAGUAACAAUCAAUAAAGCAAAUCAGAUACUAGGAUUUAUUAGAUGACAUUGCUAUGCCACUGUAUAAAUUCAUGAUUUGUGCAGAUCUUAAACACAAUGAGUGGUCUUCUGAUCUUCUUGUCACAGACUAGAAAUAGUAGUAUGGUGGAAGGUUUGUAAGGCAACAUGGUAAGCAAAUAUCUGGAGCUGGUGAAGUCUGGAGGGCACUGAGUAGGCUCAUUAGUCUGGAAGAAAAGACAGUUGAGGAGAGGUAUCACAACGGUCUAUGGAAACAUAAUUAUCUUGUAGAGGGUAGGGAAGGACUGGCUGCUAACCUCCUCCAAUAUAAGAACCUGAGUUAAGAAUCAAAACUACUGGGCACCAUAUUCAGAAAUAUGUGGCUCUUCAUGUGAGGUGUAGGGAACUUGGAGAACUCCUUGCUGCAAGAGGUCGUGAACUGUAGAAGUUUCCAUAGGUUCAAGGGGGAUCCAGAUUUUAGACAGUAAUCCAAUGAGAAUUACUAAAUCUAUUGACAUCACAUCAGAUGUGGGAAAUAUCUGAACUGAAAACAUGUGGAGUUAUAUAAAGUGGAAAUAUUGUGUAUCCUUGCCCUUCUCUUAUGCUUCUCCAUUUAUCUGCCACUAUUGGAGAGAGGGCUGGGCAGAUAUCUGAUCUGGCUGUCCUUACGUGAUAUUAGUAUAUAAACUCAUUUGCUAUUGACAAGCAUGAAGUCAGAGGAGGAAAGCCAGGAGUGAAGAAAGGAGGGAGGAAUGUAGCAAAGACAUCUUGGAUGUGUUUCACAUCCAUUUGUUCCCAGACCUGGUAGAAACACGUAGGUCAGAUUCCUACUGAAUGAGUUGCCAAACUGAGGAGGGAUGGAGGAAUUGAGGGAUGCACGAAUGAAGGGAUGGAGGAAUGGAAGAAGUAUGGAGGGAUGGAGGAAGGAAGAAAAGGAAGGAGGGAUGGAUGUGGGUUUUCUGUCACCACCUAUCCUCCAUUCUCAACACAGAGAGUGAAAACCUGGGGGACCAGUCAGAACAGGUUCAGUUUCCCUCUGACAACUUCCCUGUCUUGCCGUUGCAUGUAGAGGGGUCUUGUAGCCCAGAUUCUGGGUGCUCAGGCUAUUGGCCUCACCUAUCUUAGUUGGGUAGGGUCCUGUCACCUCAGAGCAAGCCCAAGCCAGCCUACCAUUGCACAGUACUACUACUGAGGAAAGAAGGAUACUGCUUGUAUCUUCCACUGCAGGCUGUUGAAAUGGAAAUGGAAUGCUCUGAGAGGCCAGUCUCCUCCGCAAGCAUCCCCUUUGGCCGCCUUGGGUGGGAGAGGAAGAUAGGGGAUUUCUGAAGCAAUUAGGGACCAUAAGAAUCACUCAGAGUCAACAGGACCUCAUCUCACAUUUGACACAGACCUGAGUACUUUAGGGAACGCAUCCUUGUGGCUGUCCUUGCAAAAACAUUGUUUUUCAUUCCAUGCUGUCUUUAGCCCAUUGUCUCUCUCUGCCAAGCUUCUGCCUCUACACUUCUCCACAAGGUUGGGAAGCAGAUGGCCUCAGGGAACACUACAGAAAAAACAAGCAAACCUUCUCCUCUUUUCUGCAAUCCACAGCUGGGUAUGCUCUUAGCAUGCCAACUCCACCCAGUUAUGAGCGUAUGAUUUGCAUGACGCAUUCCCCAAGUUAGUUCUCUUUGUCUCUGCUACAGCUGAUGGGAAAAAAACUAUAUCGAAGGCCUCAAGAUGUUACUGCUACUUGCUGAUGAUUAACCUGUAUAGCCCAAGCAAAGGAACAUCAAUUUAGCUCAGAGUAUGAGCCUGACAAUUCUUCUUUAUUAAUAACAGACCCUUAAUAACAGCAGUGGGAACCCUUCAGGGCUAAAUCUCAUUUUAGCACUCAGAAAAAACACACAGAGCCUUGGGGAUUUUUCAUCCCAGACUGUUCCUUCUACCUGAUACUAUGACCUUUUGCUGGAGUCAUUACAAAGUAGCCCUUAUUAGAAAAGUUCCACUGGUUGCAGAAUAAUUCCGUGUAUCUCCAGGCUAAGUGUGGCAGGGCAGAUGUCACAAAUCAGUGGUAUGUUCCUGAUGCCCUCAUUUCCACCCAUCAAGACAAGGACUUAAAGAAAGUUCCACAUCUCCCAGCAUGGAAGAGAUGGAACAUGAUCAGACCCAUGCACAUCUAGGAAGGCUGCAAUAUCCAUGUCGAGUUGAGGACAGUAUGGCUCUCUCCGCAAGAGGUUAUUUAGAGCUCUGCACUUUCUAAGCAUGGCACAGAUUGUCUGAGCCUGAAACAAAGGCAACAGUAUGAACAGAAUGAAUUCCCCUUGAAAGCUAGACCUCACUUUCUAAGAGGUAGAAAGGUCCAGGAGGUAAGUUAGCGCCAACUUUAGUUGGAAGCUGAAUGUCUAACAUGAAUGGCAGCUGCUGAGCUUUCCAUUUUGUUUCUUCCCCUUGGGGACAGCAGAUUCACCUGCACUUGAUGCGAUGCCCCAGGAAGUUAGAGGAAUCAUGGUAGCAGUGCAUAGACACCACACUAAGUAAGGCUAGCUCUUCUGAUGACAGCAACAGAAGAGGUGGUGAGGGAGUCAUUGCAAGGUUACAUGCUCAGCAGUUGGUAGGGAUACAGUGAUUGUUAACUGAUUAAAUCAUUAGUCUGGUAAUGGUCAAUUUGGAACCAAGCUUCAGAAGCCAAAUAUUGUGUGGGAGGUAUUUUAACUUACCCUGCACAUUACUGCAGACAAUUGGGUUGUGUGUUUGCUACAUGUACACACACAUACAGGCAGCCAGUUUGCUGUAAUGAUUUUCUGAUAUUCAGUGCAUGCUCAGUGACAGGAAAGGAAAAAUGGCUCAACAAGGCCAUGCAGCAGCUGCAAAAUUGCCUACAUCCAAGAGGAAACACCUUUGCACAACAGAGAGGAAAAAAUGAGGGUGGUAUUUGACAUGUACAGCUGUGAAGAGAUGGAAAGGGAAUGUCUUUUGCUUCCCCAAUUGGACAGGCUGAAUCACAGCUUGCAGAGUUGCCUUCAUGGAGCCACAACUGAGAAAGGACUAGCAAGGUGGAGGACUGAGGGGACUCAGACUAGGGUCAAGGAUGACUAGGGUCAAAAAUGGCAGUGUGUCUCUCAUUUCAUUGAAAUAACCCUAAACACAAUGGAUUCAUCCCAAACAGAAAGAGGGUCACUGAAGAUGCCAAGUGAUAGUUCCUGGGCCCUCUAUAUGUGGCAAAGAGACAGAAUUUCCAAAGACCAAUUCUCGUCCUGAGAUCUGGCUCUUGGGAUGCUCCCAUCUUUUGCUCCGCCUUUGCACCCUAAAGGCUCAAAGCUGAGGGUGAGGUAAGUCAGGUCCUCCACAGAAACAGACAGUAAUCUGCUGAAUGUAUAUGAGGAGACUCAGAUACCUGCACCUACAGCAUAAUUCCUGGAAAAGGGGGCUGUAGAAGCAGUAAUCCAAAACUAUAGGGAAUAAAGGCCACAGUAUGAAUUCAGGAAGCUGCAAUUCAACAUCCAGUUUUAAAGUAAUCCCCUAGUAAAAGCUCUAGAAAACAAAAUAAUACCAUUCUAGUGAUAUAUGAACCAUUUUAAUCAUCUAAAAAAAAACCCCAACCCUGUAGUUCUGACAUCUUAGCAUCUGCACACACCAUCUUACCAUAUUCAACUAAGACAUGCAAUAUUUAUCUGAUGGCUAAUGAUUAUGAAAUAAAGCUCAAAGUAAUAAAAUUCCAAAUAAGAACUGGCAGACCACAGCUAUCUUGUGUCUGUUUUAUAAUCAGCAGUUCAGUUAUCAUGGUACUAAAUCUCACACUCUGGGUCAUAUCAAUGAAAUAACAGAAAAAAACUCUAAUACUGUAGUCCCUAUUACUUCCAUUUCUAAGUGCCAACUUCCUUCAAACAGGACUUACAUGGUCUGUUACCAACAACUUUACCAAAUCCAAAGAGGAAAUUGUGAUUACUGAAGUCCAGGUAACCUGAAGUCCAGUUAACAGGAUUGUCUUUGCAGUAAUUCUACCCUCUGCUCUUUCCUUUACUUGGCUUUCCGAUACAGUCGAGAGCCUAUCUGAAUAUUUCUGUGCCUCUCAUAAUGAGUUAAAAUUUUUAUUUUAAAAUUAUAUUUUUACUAACCUUCACUUGCUGUCCUACAACUUUUGCUGCCCAGAAAUCCAACUGUAUCCUGGGCUGCAUCAAAAGAAGCGUGGCCAGCAGGUCGAGGGAGGUGAUCCUGUCCCACUAGUCCACUCUCAUGAGACCCCACCUGGAGUACUGUGUCCAGCUCUAGCGUACUCAGGACAGGAAAGAUAUGGACCAGUUGGAGCAGGUCCAGAGGAGGGUCACAAAAAUAAUCAGAGAGCUGGAGCCCCUCGGCUGUAAGGACAGGCUGAGAGAGUUAAGGUUAUUCAGCUUGGGGAACCUAAGACUCCGGGGAGACCUUAUAGCAGCCUUCCAGUAAUUAAAGGGGGCCUACUGGAAAGAUGAGGACAAACUUUUUAGCAAAACCUGUUGCAAUAGCAUGGGAGGCAAUGGCUUUAAACUAAUAGAGGGUAGAUUUAGACUAGACAUAAGGAGGAGGGUUUUUUACAAUGAGGGUGGUGAAACAUUGGAACAGGAUGCCCAGAGAGGUGGUAGAUGUGCCAUCCCUGGAAACUUUCAAGGUCAGGUUGGACAAGGCUCUGAGGAAUCAGAUGUAGUUGAAGAUGUCUCUGCUCAUUACAGAGGAGGUUGGACUAUAUGGCCCUUAAAGGUCCCUUCCAAACUAUUCUGAUUCCAUGAUUCUAAUUUCAUUUGACUGACAAAUGCUCUAGUGGCUCAGCAGCAGAACAGCUCUCAGCUUUGAUGAUAGAUGACUGCAAUAUAUUCUCAGCUGAAGGAGAACAGCAUGCUUGCUGCUCCUUCUUUGGUAUUUCACCAGGAUCACAUCAUCAAUGUCAGCACGUAGUUCCAGGAUGUUCUUUGGAAAUAUUUUUGUUUGAAGAUCUAAAAGGGCUGAGUUUGUCUCCACCACCUUCCCACAUGCAUGCACCACAUCUUUUGGAUUUAAAGAAAUGGAAAGAGCUUUUUAGGGGCAGCAGAACAAAGGGGAUGUUGUGUGGUUCUGUCUCAGGAGUAAAAAGAUAAACAGCUUUACCACCAAGCCCAUCAAGCUUUGUGACACUUAGCAAGCAUGGCAUUAUUCAUCACAAACUGAGGUGAUGGGAAACGUGCCGUACUGCCUGAGGAAUACGAUGAACUUCAGAGCAGAGGCUGAAGAGCCUUUACAGUUAAGGAGUGGCACCCAGAGACCUGGCUGACCUGGGAGCUCCAAAAGUAUUCAGAGCAUUGCUCUAAUAAGGCAGCCAUCUGAGUGCAUUGCAGUGCGUCAUGCCCUAGGCAUUUGUGGAGGUUUCAAAGGUCAGCCAUUCUUGGCUGCAACUUGCUUUCAAGGGUGUUAAGUGCUCCCACUCUGGCCAGGAAGCCCUUGGCUUGAAGACACCUAUCCAGGGCGUUCUUCCUGAAGCCAGUGAGGAGACCCAGGAUCUCAGCAGUGCUCCUUCCAGCCCCAAGGAGGAGUAAACAAAUGCACAGCUUGACUUCCUGAAUGUUGGCCUGAAACCAGACACUGUGUCAAUACUCUGCUAUGACAGCUAUGGCAGUUAGAAUUACUUCAGAAAAGAAGCAUCCAGUGACUUAGAAGCUCAACAAUCUCUUGCACCAAAAAGCAAAUGUUUUCCCUGAUUUUUUUGGAGAGAUGGUGGGUGGGAGCUGAGAAGAUUAAGUGCAAUAGAAAGUUUCAAUCUGCAGGCUGGGUUAAAGUCCUUCAAAGCCUGGGGGCACAGACAGCACUUUGACAGCAGAUGCUCUCACCCACUACCAAUACGGAGCCUCAGCUUGCUCCUGGCAGCAAAUACCCUGCAGUCUCUUUAGAAUAUGGGCUAGUUUAAACAGUGCUAUUACUUGGUGGCUGAGGUUGAGACAACAAGGUCAUGACCAUCCUUGUACAUCCAAGUAACAUGAGUGUCCAAUGACUGUAGUUGUGUAACCAGCUAUUCCAUCUACCUGUAAAUAAAUACUGUACCUAUGUGUCAAAUACUUGCAGGAUGUUAUCCACUGCCCAUACAAGGGGUUUAUUUUGUCUGAGCCACAUAACUGCACUCAUCCAAAUGUAAACUCUGCCAAGGGACUCACUUAGUAACUCUAAAAGGUCUGCUCUCUCUGUGAGAGUCCCCAAGACCUUCCAAGCUGGAAUUCCUCUAUGGGCAGAGGCUAUCCCAUUUGCUGCUGACAGCAAAGUAGCAGUAACAGCAGUGAGUGUGGCAUGCGCUGGCCACAUGGCUACUUAGCUAGGCUGCUAUAAAGAUUUUGAAGUGCAGGUCAAGCUCUCUGUUGUGGUAGUUAACACUGUUCCAGCAGCUUGGCUAUGCCUAUGUGAACAAUGGGAAGGUGUUCAACAGUUAACAUUUCCAGGAAUUGCUGAUUUAUCUAUAUGGCUAAACAUGGGUGGUCCUAACUCCCAUUCUUGUACUCAAACUAGUAAAUUACCCACCAUCCAAAGGAAGAACUUUUUCACAGUGAGGGUGACAGAGCCCUGCAACAGGUUGCCCAGGGAGGUUGUGGAGUCCCCUUCUUUGGAGAUUUUCAAGACCUGCCUGGAUGCAGUCCUUGCUCUGACAAGCUCUGGGUGGUCCUGCUUUGGCAGGGGAGUUGGACUAGAUGAUCUCUAUGGUCCCUUCCAACUCUAAAAAAUUCAGUGAAAUUCAGUGAAAUCCCUCUCCCUGGUAUAUUUGUUUCAUGCAGUCCAAGUACAAAAUGACCCACGUCAUGUAUGCUGAAUCCUGCCUCCCUAGAACAGCCUUUUCCACUAUUGCUUUAAGCAGGAGAAAUGCAUACGGUUAGAUUCUGUAGAAAGGGUUUGGGGAAGUGCAAAAGCUCUAAAGUAGUUGGGCAAAGAGAAUCCUGCUUAUGAAUCAUUAAUGCUUUCGUGCCUCCCCACAGAAAAAGUUGCUCGCUUUUAACAUAGAAAUGAAGAUAACUGGGUUAAAUGCACAGAGUCUUCACCUCUACCCUUCCCAGGAGGAACUUUGCUGCUUUUCUUUCUCUUUGAAGAGUAAUGACUUGCCCUGAGGAGAAAACCUUCUACAAGGAUUGUAGCCCUCAUUUGCAUGUGCUGAUUAGCCUCAAUAUCACCAUGGUUUGGUUAUGUGCAUAAGCACUCUGCAGCUUCUCAAAAGAUAACAAAUGUUCCUGCCUUCAUUCACAAAGCUGCAAAGGCUUGGAAAUGGCAUGAAUAACUGCUUUGCUAAUAGCAAUCACUACUGCAAUGACUAAGAUUAAAAUAGGAUAGCUGCUAUUAAUGCAAGUGACAGUGAUAAUUCCACAGUACUGUAUAGUAGUAACCUUUUUAUAGCUGAAGUUUGUUACCACUAACAUACUUUUGGGUUGUCUCUCAGCUAAUUUGCAGGAAGUUUCAGCUGCAAAUCAUGUAUCUUUGGAGUACAAAAUACCAAUCCCAUGCAAUGUCCCAGUUCUUGGAAGGACCUUGAGACAAAAACACAUCUGAGCCUGGUACUGUUAAUAGAAAAGGAGAGAAAAAUGUCCCAAGGCCAUUGCUGGCAACUGAAACACAACAAAGCUGUUUAUAAUGCUCUGGAAUAUGGUUUGGUCCUGUUCUGUGAUGACUGGUGCUCAGGAGAUGACUUUAGGUUGCAUGUGUUAUAGGCCAUGACCAGCUUCAAAGACAGGAAGCAAAGAGCAUCCCUCUGCUGCUCCCAUUUUCUAUAAACUGCUUUGGAAGUCUGCUUGGACAUCUUCCUGUGGAAGAGGGCAAGAAGUUGACCAGCAGUGAGUAUUUAGCACCUUUGGGGAAGGAAGGCAGGAAUAGUUCAGAGGGCAUAACUGGGAAGGAGUGGGACAAAUUUCUUGCGUAUGAGAGGGAGUAAGAAUUCAGCAUAGAUAUAACACUUUGGAAUGCCCCACCACUGUUAGGGGCAGCACCACAGGCCUUUGGACUGAAUAGCUGGGAGUUGCAGCUCUGCUUUGAGUCCACGCAUGGUCCCAAUUCCCCUCAAACCUACAUGCUCCAGCCAGAGUGCAACAAGCGACGUCUUUGUUCAGCUCACGGAAAGCCUAUUCUGGACAGCCUGUGUGCAGCUGUCAUCUUUCUUGUGUCUCCUAAGUUAACAGGAACACCAUCCUGGUCAGCAAGAUCAAGUACUAAGAGGAAGAAGAAAACCAAUGGGACUGUUGAAUAACACCAUAACGUCGCAAGCUGUUGUUGAAGAAGCGGAUAGUACUUGUAUCUCCACUGUAAACAACUGUGCACGGUGGCUAGAAACAGCCCAGUAAAAGUUGCCCCUCUGUAGGCAGGACUGGAAGCAAAUAAAUGUGAAGCCAAUAGUGCCGUUCAGUCAGCAUGGGAGCCUGCUGCACAGCAGGGAUAGGGCUGCUUGCCUCUUGGAAAGAUGAGACCCUCCCUGGCAGAAACAAAAUGACAAUGUAUUCCUGCAAUUUACAGGAAUAUGAUUCCAGAAACUGAAGCCUUUCCUCAUUAACUUUACGAAUGGAGGAAGAGUGACUUAACUGACUGGCUGGGGCAUGUUUAUGUGGUGGUCAUCUAACAAAUCCCAGGCACUGUUCCAAUUAGCAGGCCUGUGUGAUGUCUGAAUUAUGCUCAUUAGAGCAUUCUUGCAUCCUUGCUGGUGUGACUUUUCCACACUUCUGAGUAGAAACACACCCGUCUUCCAAAACAGCACAUAAAUGCUGAGCCUAAUCCUCAGCCUGAUGUUUGUCCUGGUUACCAUGUGUCUUAAUUCUACCCUGGCCUCAGAGAACAAAACGACAAACGGCUAGAAAACAAAGCUCUGUUUCUUCCACCCAAAUGGGGAUGCAGUUUUGCCUUUUGGUCUUUUGCCCAUCUAAUUCUUCUUCUCCGAGAUCACAGCUUAAGACCUGUAGCCAGGGCAUCUUCCUAUAAAGACUUUGUUCCAGUCUUGCCGUGUUUUAUCCAGCUGAUGCAGCUUUUUGCUUGCAGAGGGCUGAGAAUUUUGUUUCUGCAGAGGAGUUAGCGGCAGAUCAGGUAACAUUUUCUCACUGCUCCACAGGACCAUAGGGGUUGGUAAACUGGGUUUCUCUGAGGUGUGCUGUGGACUUCUUGCAAGGAUUGCCACUAAUUACCAGGUUGCAUUUUGGCGUUGCCAAUUUUGUCACUUCUUCAAUUGCCACAGUCUGUAGGAUCUGCCAUGCCUCCGCCCAGAGGCUCAUCUAGUCUCUCAUGGACCAUCAUCUCACUACAGCUGUUCAUAGGUGGAAAACAAAUGGGUGCGUAGUGCCAGAGAGACCUCUGAUACUAGCCACAAGGAAACAAGUUCUCCACCUGAACAGGACCUGUGUGUUUCUGGGACAGGUAUUGUGAACAGUGAAGAUGGACCACGGUAGACAAGUUCUUCAGUGGCACACCUUGCGCCUUGGCCAUCUCUGUUGCUUCCACAGUUAAGAGCCUACAUUACCUGUGUCCACCCAGGUAUGAACCAGUUCUUUCUCACAAGAAGGUGCCCAGCAGCAUUUAUGUCCAUACUAUUUGCAUAGCUGUAAUUACUAAAAACUCUAUCUCCAUUAACAAUCUUACCCAUGUAAGCUGACAAGCUGGGGGAGGCUACCCUACAGCAUUGGCACUGUAUUGCCUCCCUACCUUACUCUGCACCAAAUGGAGAUGAAAGGUCCUUGUUCCGUAACUGUUAUAACUUUUUGACUAAAAACAUCUCUUAAAGACAUAUGUGCAAAAGGAGGUACCUCUGAGUUUGUUACUUGAAACUGUACUUAGAAAAGAAAAACAUAAAGGACUUAAUCAUGUUGAAA